AUGUUUUUCAGCCCGGCUUCAUUUGUCAAAAUCUCUGUUGGAUAUGGCUUAGGAGUUACGCAAAUGAUGGUACCUAGGCUGGUGCGGUUGGCCAAUAAGUCAUUGCAGGAUCUGCAAAUCUUAUCUCCAAAUCUAUUGCCCUCUCUGCACUCCCGGGUCGCUUCGAUUAAUUGCAUGGAAUCGCUGCAGAAGCAGAAUUGUUCUAAGAAAUACACCAACGUGAAGAGAGGCAUACCAAGUCGUGACCGUAUUGAAAGGCGGAUGCCAAAAGAGUUGCUUCUGUGCUCAACAGUUUGGUUACUUGCCCUAAGCCAAGCAGAACGGAUCCCGAGCUAUCCGAAAUUCUCCACCUCACUACAGGCCCGCCCGAACCACAUGAACGCGACGGCGUUACCUGAAGGCAUUUUCGAUUCAUCAUUGUCCGCCAGCAUCAGCACCCGAUGCAACCCGGAGCUGAGAAUUAAUAAACGCCAUCGGUUCUGCCGUACAGAAGAAAUGGAACUCGAUCUCGCCUUACUCCCCCAAUCAUUUCUCAGCUUCGUCAAAGCACAAACGCCGUUCGGCCUCAUGGGGAAGUUCAAGGAGCUGACGAAGCACGCACAAAUACUAAAGCCCUCGUCCAAGUAUGCUACGCAAAAUUACUGUCUGUGUAAUCCAAGUUGA